AUGAGCACAUCCUCAGUCAGCGGGAAGCGUACAUUCGAUGAAGAGAAGCAUCAUCAUGCGACUGCGGAAUUCAAGGAGGUUGAUGAGGCUGCUCAAUUAUCCGUUCAAGGUUCCGUUGACCCGGUAGAGGCUAUCAGAAUACGACGUAAGAUUGACAGACACAUUCUACCAUUAAUGUGCAUUCUCUAUUGGAUUCAAUAUAUGGACAAGACCACACUCGGGAGUUCUGCAAUUCUUGGGAUCAGACAAGCAACACAUUUGGACGCGACGGAGUACAAUUGGCUGGGCACGAUCUUCUACAUUAGCUACCUCAUCUUCGAGUACCCUCAGAACCUCGCGCUUCAGCGCUUCCCUGUUGGCAAAUGGAUGAGUAUCAAUAUUUUCACGUGGGGUGUCGCUUUGUGCUCGCACGCCGCGUGCAAGAAUUUUGCUGGGCUAUUUGUUGUGCGCUUUAUUCUCGGAAUAUGCGAAGGCAGCAUAACCGCUGGCUUCAUGAUCGUUAGUGCAAUGUUCUAUACUCGCAAGGAGCAAACACUUCGCGUUGGAUAUUGGUUCUUGAUGAAUGGCACGGCCCAGAUAAUGUCUGGCUUUAUUGCCUUUGGGUCACUACAUAUCAAGUCGUCGGGAUUUGAGCCGUGGCAAUGGCUAAUGAUCAUAUGUGGAACAUUGACUCUUAUCAUUGCGGUUUGCUACUGGUUCUUUUUCCCGGAUUCUCCGACGAAUGCAUGGUUCUUGACUCCUAAGGAGCGAGUGACGGCUGUCAAUCGCAUUAAGGAAAACCAAGCAGGUGUUGAGAACAAACAUUUCAAGAAAGAGCAGAUGAUCGAGUGUUUGACCGAUCCAAAGACCUGGAUAUUCGCCCUGUUUUCUUGCCUUGAUAAUAUUCCGAACUCGCUCACAAACCAGAGCAGCCUAAUCAUCAGCUCGUUCGGCUUUACCACCCUGCAGACGACUUUGCUUGGAUGUGUCAGCGGACUAAUCGAAAUCAUCACUAUCUGGACAGGAGUCAACCUCGCAGCGCACUUCAAGAACAGCAUAGCCUACGUUAGCGUAAUCUAUUUCAUACCAAACAUCCUGGGCGCGAUCCUCGUAAGUGUAUUACCAUGGUCAGAUAAAGCUGGCCUUCUAGCGAGUGUGUAUAUCACUGGAGUGGGAACGACUGGUUUCGUACUUGCACUUGCGUGGGUGAACCAGACAACUGCAGGACACACGAAACGCGUCACGAUGAAUGCAGUCAUGCUUAUCGCAUACUGUAUCGGGAAUGCCAUCGGCCCACAGAUGUGGCUCGCAAAGUACCUACCUCGCUACCAUGUACCCUGGGGCGUGAUUGCAGCUUGUUACAUCAUUUGCCCACUAUUGAUGCUCCUUCAGCGACACAUCCUCGACAAGGAGAAUAAGAAGCGUGAUCAAGAACUACCCGAUGAUACGUACGACGAUGUCUGGGUGAAGGUUACGGAUGAGAAUGGGGAUAUAGUCGAGAAGAAGGUCGACAAAGCCUUCCUUGACCUGACUGAUCGUCAGAACCGUGAUUUCCGCUAUGUCCUUUAG